AUGUUCUCCCUCACCAAGUCCGUUCUUUUCACCUUCAUUGUGGCCAUCGCCGCUCAAGCUACAACAACCGUCCCAUCGCCAACUCAAACAUCCCUUCCCGGUUUGGCAUCUCAGGUCCCCAACUGCGUCGCCGUAUGCCUUCGAAACCUCCACGAGUCCAUCGGAUGUGAUGUAGGCGAUAUUGUGUGUCUCUGCAAGAGUAAGGCCUCUCUUAUCAGCAAAGUUGGCCUCUGUGUCGUUGGAUCGCAGUGCGAUUUUGAGGACGCUUCCAGCUCUACCGAUAUUUUCCGGGACAUGUGCGACUUGGUAGCUGAGGACCCCGGAACCGCCGUGAUUGCUUCUGCCUCCAAGGUGCUGGAUGCGGUUGUCGCCUCUGCUACUACCUCUGACGUGGAGGCUCCCACUUCUACGAAUGCUGCUGGUUCAGUCGCCUAUGAUGUCGUCAAGGUUGUUGUUGUUGCCGCUGCUGCUUUCGCUAUAUAG